CCUGGUACAGCUGUUACCUACAUGUUAUAUUAGCCACGUGAACUGGUUAAAAUCCUUCGUCUAUUUGAUCAAUGAAUCGACAAGCGUGUAGGAGUGUUACUAUUGCUAAUAUUAGAGGCGAACGUCUCAUAAUUUAGGACCGUUCCACCGAAUAUCUAGCAAGUUAUGGAGAGUAAAACGUUUUGGUAAGUGAACGUGUCGUUUGGUUGUUUCGUUUCUGUGAAGGAAAAAAAACCUAUUAUCUCUUUCAGACUUUACUGUGUGUUAGUUGACAGACCUAUUGUAGUUCGGUUUAUGUGUCUUUUGAAAUGGGAAAAGGAAAUCAGAAUACGUCGAGUAAUGGAGGGAAUGAUUCUGUAAAACAACAUACAUGGCAGGAAAUUACACAACAUGAUAAACGUCAUGAUAAAUGGAUUGUUAUUGAUAAUGAAGUUUAUGACAUCACAGAAUGGUCCAAACGCCACCCUGGUGGAAGUAAAGUUAUCAGCCAUUAUGCUGGACAAGAUGCGACGCAAGCCUUUCAUGCAUUCCAUAGUAAUAUAGGUCUUACUAAGAAAUAUCUAAAGGCCAUUCACAAAGGUGCUUUGCAAACCAGUAAUAUAAAAACAGCCAACAUAGAUGUCGACUUCCAGAAUCUCAGGGAAACUGUUACAAAAAUGGGAAUGUUUGAACCAAGUUAUACCUUUUAUACGUUAAAUUUACUCCAUGUUGUUGUAUUAGAUGUUCUGGCUUAUUUUGUUUUACGAUAUUUUGGUACUGGAUGGCUGCCUUUACUUACAUCACUUAUAUUUACAGUUAUAGUUCAGGUUCAGUUGGGUUGGUUAGCUCAUGAUUUUGGUCAUACCUCUGUUUUUGGCACCAAAUAUAAAAUUGAUGAGUUUAUGGAGAGAAUCUGUAUGGGUUUUAUGAAGGGUGCUUCAGCCAAAUGGUGGAACCAUAUGCAUUUUCAACAUCAUGCUAAACCUAAUGUGGUAGUUAUUGUAUUAAUAUAUUAUUUUCAAACUAAUUGUUAUUCAGUGGAACAAUAUAUCUAUUUGUCAUUAAAGUUGGCAUUUUAA